AUGCAAUGUUUUGAACUUCAGAAGAAGGCACUGGAUGACGAAAUCCAAUCUUCAAGUGAUAAAGAAAAGCAAUUAAUUCAGGGUAUGAUGAAGUGUCUGACCGAGGGUAUGAAGAAGGCGUGUUCGAAAAUAGCACUAGCAAAACUGUGYGCUGAUAAAGAACUCGAAGAUCAAUGUGCUGCACUGGCUAAAAAAGACAAAGUUAAAGCUAUGCUCAAGAAGUGUGAAAAGAAAAUGGCUAAAGAAAAAGCUAAAAAGCAAAAAUGCCCACCUGAGGAAAAGGAGGAUGAGAAGAAGAAAGGCAAGGGCAAGGGAAAAGCGAAAAAGCCAAAACAGCCAAAAAACAGAUUUACACUAAAAUUAGAGAAGUGCAUCAAAAGCGAAUGGGCCGAUGUUUGUGAAUGUCGUCAAUGUUUUAACGAAGAAGAAAAGAAAAGACUGUCGAAGACCUACAAAUGUCUAGGAGCUGAAAUUAAAAGUGUUUGCAGAAAGAAGGUAAUAAGCGAAAUGUGCAAGGAAGCUGGACAAAAAAGCAAGCCUAAGAAAUCAGACAAAAAGCAGAAAAAAAAAGAUGAAAAGAAAGAGCAAGAGCUUGAGAAAGCAGUACUUAAAGAACAAGAAGAAGAAGAGAAAAACAUAAAACGUCUAGUAAAAGCAUUAAAGAAAAAAUGUAAAAAGAAGCAAGAAAAAGCUCUUAAGAAAAAGUGUAAGGAGGAUGCCAAAAAGAAAAAGAAAGCAGCACUAAAAAAGAAAUGCCAAAAAUUAGCUGAGCAAGAGAAGUGUAAAGAAUUAGCUGAAAAAGAGAAGUGUAAAAAAUUAGCUAAGAAGGAAGAGGAGGGGGAUGAAGAGGAAAAGUGCGAAAAAGGGGAUGAAAAGGAAAAGGAAGCAAAACARAAGAAAAAGUGUAGAGAAUURGCAAAAAAAGCAAAGAAAGCUGCGGAAAAGAAAAAGUGCGAAGAAGCAGCUAAAAAAGAGAAGGAAGCGGCUGAGAAGAAAAAGUGCAAAGAAUUAGCAGAAAAGGAAAAGUGCAAAAAAUUGGCUGAAAAGGAGAAGUGCAAAAAAGGUGGUAAAAAAGAGAAGAAAGGAGGAAAAGAUAGGAAAAAGUGUAGAGAAUUAGCUAAAAAGGCAAAGAAAGCUGCUGAAAAGAAAAAGUGCAAGGAAUUAGCUAAAAAAGCAAAAGAAGCUGCUGAAAAGAAAAAAUGCGAAGAA